AUGAAUAGAAAGGCAAUAUUAGGCUCUGCUUUACGUCAUGUUCGAUCACAAGGUCGACUAUAUGCUGUGUCAAAUGGAAGUAUACCGGUAAAACGACCUCAAAGGAACAACCCACUUUACCAAGCACAGGCUUCAUUGAGCACGUCAGCAUGGAGAGGAUCGGAUAAUGGCCCAGUCUCUUUCUCUGAUGCACACUUCGGACAAGAAAGAGAUCGGGAAGAACAAAGGAGGAAGCAAAGAGGUGCCAAAGACAAAGACGCAAUAGAAGGUGAAAGCAAAAGUAGUGCAGAUGCCAAAAAGGAAGAACAAGGACCAGGAACGUACAGUGAAGCAGAUCAUGAACAUGCAGUCAUUUCGACAUUUGACCUGUUCUCGAUCGGAAUCGGACCUUCAUCUUCACAUACAGUCGGACCAAUGCGAGCUGGGAAUAUUUUCAUCAAUGAUCUUCAUGAUGCAGGUUUAUUGCAAGAUGUUGAAAAGAUUCGCAUAUCUCUCUAUGGAAGCUUGGCGGCAACAGGUGAAGGACAUAUGACACCUUCUGCGCUUCUGCUAGGACUAGAAAGUGCCGAUGUUGAGACUGUGGAUACCGGCUAUGUGCCAAUCCGAUUUGAUGAAAUCAGGGAUACCAAGAAGCUAUUCCUCGGUAAAGCUCUUUCUAGUCAAGGCGGCAAAGAGGUUGAUUUCGACUAUGAGAAAGAUUUGAUCUGGGAGUGGGGAAAGAGUCUGCCGAUGCACAGUAAUGGAAUGCGUCUAACCGUUUUCGAUAAAGACGGAACAAUGCUUGCAACGAAUGACCUCUUCAGUGUCGGUGGAGGAUUUGUUGUAAAUGGAGCUCUAUCUACUGCAGCCUCUUCAAAGAGUGUUAAAGAAUCGGCAUCAUCGCAAUCUGAUACCACGCUUCCUCUUGCCGAUCCUAAUGAUGCUGCAUCGGAUUUAUCCGGACAUCCUGCAGAUUUAGCAGAGAAUAUGUAUUAUAAGGAAAUUCGAAGAGCUGACGCAGCGAUCGAUCGAAGAAGUGGUAUGGAGAUCAAGUCGGACGAGAGCGAAUCGGCGGCACUACCUCCACCACCGUCAGACUCAACGGAUUUGACAAAUUCACACUCAACAAGCUCUAACAUUCAAGAGAGCGAGUCGAGUGGAAGAGGUUCAUCACCUCGGUAUCCAUUCAGAGAUGCGAAAAGCCUCUUGGCAUUGUGUAAGAAGCACAAUUUGACGAUCGCACAAAUUGUAUACGAGAAUGAAAAGAGCCAAGGGUACACUGAUGAGGAAAUUCGCGAAAAGGUAUGGGCGAUUUGGACAGUGAUGGAUAAUAGCAUCAAAGAAGGUGUUCGAUCAAAUGAUGAAAUCUUACCCGGUAGUCUGAAGUUGAAUCGUAGAGCACCUGCUCUUUAUCGCCGAUUGACACGUGGUCUAUAUCCUUCACAUGCUUUGGAAGGCCCAUCGAUGCAGGAAAGAGUACGAAAGCAAGUCAGCGAAGGCGAGACUUCCAAAGCUGGUCAAAGAAUCUCAGAGGGCCCACAUUCACAAUCUGUGACAUCUCAUGCACAGCAAAGCUCUGGAGAAAAGAGCCUAACUUCAAUGCGGAAACGUGGCCCUCCUCGCGUUCACGGAUCUUUUCAACAUCCAAUUUUGCCCUCACCGCCUCGUAGGACGAGCUUUCCGGCAAUCGACUAUCUGACCGUAUAUGCAAUGGCGGUGAAUGAAGUGAAUGCUGCUGGUGGAAGGAUCGUUACUGCACCUACAAAUGGAGCAGCAGGAAUCCUACCAGCAGUAUUGAAGUAUCAUCUCGAAUUUCAAUCUGACGAUGUAGAGCAAGAUGUCUUUACUUUCUUGCUAACAGCUGCUGCUAUUGGUAUGCUGUACAAGCGAGGAGCAACGAUAUCAGCCGCUGAAGGUGGUUGUAUGGCCGAGGUCGGUGUUGCAUGCUCUAUGGCAAGUGGUGCAUUUGCUGCUUGUAUGGGCGCAUCUCCUGAAACGAUCGAACAAGCGGCAGAGAUUGGAAUCGAGCAUAACCUAGGACUGACAUGUGAUCCAAUAGGUGGUCUGGUACAAGCUCCGUGUAUCGAACGAAACGCUCUUGGUGCCAUCAAAGCCAUCUCAAGCGCAAAUCUGGCUUUAUCAAGUUCAGGCACGCAGAAGAUCUCUCUGGACGAUGCAAUACGUGCCAUGCGUUUAACUGCUCAAGGUAUGCGCAACGAAUUCAAGGAAACAUCUUUGAGCGGAUUGGCAACAAGCUACAGUAUCUCAGUCAGUGUUCCAGACUGUUGA